CUAGUUAGUAGUAGAAUGAGAAACAAGGUGGGACUGGGCGGGGCCACAGGACCAACAAACUCCAACGAAUACCUUUUGCUUCGCUUCUGCGGCUGUAGGAACCCGGAAGCUCCCCCAUCACGCAGCUACCCGCACCAUAGCAAGAGCAAGGCCUCCCGGCUUCCGCCAGUCGUCACUGUAACAUCAGCUUUCUUCAGAAUGUCAUCCACUGUAAUCCAGAGCUUUGCCUCUACAGCUGUCAGAUCAGGUUUCAUCCCAUUCUCUAGGGUUCUUGCCCAGUGGAUGUUCCGGGCCUCCACACCAUGCAGCUCGCAUAGCAUGGCCACCCUGAACCAGAUGCAUCGUGCAGGCAAGCCCAAGCCUGAUCCUCCUAAAUUGGGUCCCACCUUUGGCUGCCCGCAGCUCAAGGGUGUGGUUUUAAAGACCAUGAUCCGAAAGCCCAAGAAACCAAACUCUGCCAACCGCAAAUGUGCUCGUGUUCGGCUCAGCAAUGGCAAAGAAGUGAUUUGCUUUAUACCUGGAGAGGGGCACAACCUGCAGGAACAUAACAUUGUCUUGGUGGAGGGGGGUCGCACUCAGGACCUGCCGGGGGUGAAGCUCAAGAUUGUCAGAGGCAAAUAUGACUGUGCACAUGUCAAGAAGAAGAAAUAAUGUUUAAUUUUGCUGACCACACCAUCCUCAUUUUGUUCCAAAUAAACAUUAUUCCUAUACAGCAGGGUCCCAAACCUUUUUUUUUUAAAAAAAAGUUAGGGGCAAGGCAAGCAUGAAACCUUCCUAGGGGGUGCCCAAUAAGUGCUGUGAUUGGUGAUUUGGACAGGCAGACUACAGGAAGCUCUGUGUGGCAGUGCACAUGGUUUGUAUGCCUCCAAGUCAGAAAUUGAAAAAUGUGCACCAGCUCUAAGGCCCCUGGGAGCAACAUCAAUGGGAUGGUGAGCAACAUGUUGCGCACAAGCCACUGGUUGGGGAUCACUGCUCUACAUUGUUAAAAUAAGGCUCUACUUUAAGUGGACAUUUUAUGGACAUUUCUCUAGAAAAAGCAUUACUUUUCUCUGGAAAAGAUUUGAAGAUUAUUUAGCAUUAAAAAUUAAAACUGCUUUAUUAAUCCCAACUUUACAUUUUCAACUGAUAGAGACAAAAUCCCAUUUACUUCUAAGUGUGCUGUUUUUAAAUAUUGCUUGCUUUGAAUAGAAUUUUUUUUUUUUACUGGGGUUUACGAUAUAUCACUUAAAAACUUAUAAUUGAUUUAUCAAAAUGUGAGUUUAGAGCUUAAUACAUUAAAAAAACCUUGCCUAAAUUCUA